CCCCCUAGUGGAAGGGGGAUGGGGUGGAUGACAGUUGGGUCUAGCUAGUUUACUAGCUCUGAACAGUCAAAAUUUGUUGUUUUCAUCUUUUUUUCAUUGUUUGACACGUGACUGGUGGCAGUUAUUGGUAGUAGGAGGGCUUAAUAAUGGCGGAAAACAGAAAGAACGAUGAUAGCGACAAGGAUAAGGCGGAUAAGGCGAAGAAACCGCGUCCGGAGCCCAAUCCGGCAGAAGAGUCUAUUACAAUCAGGGACCUCGCAAAUGCAGCCACUGACUAUGGACUGGAGGGUCGUAUGGCCAAUGCUCAAGAUCCGCGAGUUAAUGCCCUGAGGCUGUCCGAGCAGAAUCAGGCAGAGCGUCGGGCGUCACAGGGUUCGAGGCGACCUUCGGAUGCAAAAAAGCAGCCAGUGACCAUACCAUCACAGAGAGAGUCGGGGGCAACAGGAGCAGAAGAACAAGUGCCAGCGAAUGCAGCUAUUAAUUAUGGUCUGGAGGAUCAUAAAGCCAAUCAGCAGGAUCCGCGGGUGGAGGGAAUUCGGCAUAAUCAACUGAAAUCGAGAGGAAAUAGUGAUAUGGCACUCCACCGGACACAUGCACCAACAUCUGUGCCACCAUCGGCGCCCGUAACGCCGCCCACUUUAGCGGCAACCUCGAAACCGACCUCUAAUCAUGCCCUGUAUGGAACCGUGCCACGUACCUCACCGCCGCCUGUGUCAUCAACUGCUGCUGCACCAUCCCCGGCUUCACCUAGACCAACCUCUCUCGGCGCGGGUGAGAAUGCCACAUCAGGGCCUCCGCCACCGGCCCGUCCGCAAGAUGUACCCAUGCCACCGCCAACAAUGUACACACCUCCUCGAGGGGAAACGCCGCCAGCUGUCGCCAGUUCCAUUCCUAUUGGCCGACCAGUCGAACCAGCCCAAACAAAAACGACCGAGGAUCAACCCGAUGGUUGUUGUAGUAAACUCAUAAACACCGAUGUCACAUUUGAUCCGUCUAAGGAUUUUGCCUGUAAAACCACGAACACAGCACCCGAUACCACGGGUGUGCUCUAUUCCGAUCUGGAGACCGAUGGCAGCGAUUCGCGGGAUACCCCGCGUACCGAAAUGCAAACCACUCAGACCACGCACCUCGAUUUGGAUGAUUGCUUCGAACUGGCCAUCCGGACGGUAAAGCAAGCCGGUGCCCUAACUCUGGAGGCAAAUAAACAGAGAUUAGAAUACACUACCAAGCAGCACGAACACGAUUUGCUUACGACCACCGACAAUGUGGUGGAGCAUAUGAUAAUGGCGGCGAUAAUGAGACGAUAUCCGGAUCACAAAUUCAUUUGCGAGGAGGCAGUGUCGCAAACGGAAACAGGCCAAGUCGAGUUGACAAAUACUCCAACCUGGAUAAUUGAUCCCAUCGAUGGCACUAUGAAUUUUGUCCAUCAUUUUCCCUACUAUUGCAUUUCUGUGGCUUUGCUGGUUGACAAGGAGACUGAAUUUGGCAUCGUGUAUAAUCCACCGAUGAAGGAUUGUUACAGUGCCCGUCGUGGGAUGGGGGCCCAUCUGAAUGGCGAUCCUAUUGUGACCAGCGGGCAAUUGAAAUUGGAGCAUGCCAUGAUCUUGCAGGAAUACUCCUCGGGCAUGAACGAUACCCGCAAUGUGGUUGUAAUGGACAACGCCAAGAAGCUGCUGAAGAAGACCCAUGCCAUGCGUUCGAUUGGGUCGUCGGCAAUGGGCCUGGCCAUGAUUGCAUCCGGGGUCGCCGAUGGUUUCUACUACUUUGGCUUGCACAUCUGGGAUAUGGCCGCUGGCAAUCUUUUGGUAACUGAAGCUGGGGGCACUGUCAUUGAUCCCAAUGGCGGAGAAUUGGAUAUUAUGUCGCGUCGCUGCCUGGCAGCGGCGACAGAACCUCUGGCUAGGGAGCUAGCUGCCGAAUUAAUUCAGAAUUAUCCAUCGCCACGUGACGAUCAGCCCAAAUCGGUGAAUCCAAAUGAAUAUCUUCCUGGCGGCGAGAGAAAAGACUUCAAUGCCCAAACCGAGUUCACCGACUCUAGCGAAUCCUUGGUAACGGAGGAAUCGGCUAAGGAUGAUCCUAAUAAAAAGGAUACCAAUCCGGACAAGGCGAAGGACAAGAAGAAUGACGAUAAGGAAAAUGCCAAUAGCUAUGACAAAAAAAAUGACAGGGAUAAGGACGACAUGGACAAUAGUAGAAGAAGCAAAAGAACUCUGGGCUCUCGAGAAGCUAAUGCGACUCUGGGGCCAAAUUUCAUCCAAUAACUGCUUACCAACAAGUUCAAUUCUAAAUUAAAGUUUAAGUAACCCAA